AAUAUGGAGCGGUGGGGAUAAAUUAAACGAUGCAGGAGGUCGCACACGAGUUCACGGGUUAGUCAUCUACAAGUACUCGGGUUAAAUUGAGGGAACGGAGCGCAGUUGCAGUCGACGUACAUUUGGUACGCUUGACGCGCGCGCGGUUAUUCCGGGAGGGACGUUUGGUGUCAUCGUCUUCCACGAGGAAAACAAGGAAAGCGAAACAUGCUCAAACGUUCGGUGCAUAACGCGUUGCGGUGUUGUACGUUUUGGUUCGUGUUGUGUAUCGUUCUUGCGGACAAAAGUGGUGAAGUUGACGGACAGGAUAAUGAAAAUGUCGGUGGUGGUAAUCUUGCCACGCGGAUGCGAGCGAUCAGCGAAGAUUUGGAUCGACAACUGCAGGAUGUUAUGGCCUCGCAGGCAAUUAACUUUACCAUGGUGAAUACAACGGGAUUGCCGUACAAUGCAACUACCAAAUUCAAUCCUAAGGGUAUGGGACAGCUGUACAACGUUACGAAUAAAUUCAUCGAUUUCGUCCAAUCCAAACAGGCUAUUCCCGAAGGAAUAAUAACGGUGCAGGAUCGACAACUGCGAUUCGCUGAUCCGGCCAAAGAAUGGCAAAUCAUAGUGACGCAUUACAUGGGACUGACCGGUCUCGCAGCGACGGGUCUCUUGAUAGCGAUUAUUCUACCGUGCGUCGGAUUAUUCUUCUGCUGCUGUCGAUGCGCCGGACAAUGCGGGGCCCGGAGUCAACCUUUCGACAAAAAACAUGAUCACUGCCGAAAAGUCAUGCUGAGCGUCCUUCUCAUCGGUGUUGCGACCAUAAUAUUAUUUGGUGUCGUGUGCGCAUUCGUGACGAACGAGUACAUGCAAGAGGGUAUCGAGGAAUUUCCUGAUCAAACGAGAACGAAUUUGGAAGACCUGGAGCUGUACAUGACGAUUACGAAAUUGGAAAUCAAUAACUUAUUGAGGACGAAUUACGCUGAGCUCGAAACAACGUUGAACAACAUACUUCAAGCUAGUGGAAAAAUAGUUACAGAAGAAUUGGCGAUAUAUUCGCACGCCGAAUCAUUGACGAAUUUGAAUGACAUCGUCUCCGGCCUUGACAUCAUUCGCGGGGAUCUGCAAAUGAUGAACAAAAUAACGCAAGAUUUGAGAACGAACGCUAGUCAACUCGAUAUAGUUGUCCGAGGCGUGAAGAAGGAAUUGCUGUACACGUUGUCAGAAUGCAAAACACAUGCUUGUGCACAAGUUUUGCAAGAAUACAAAAUAAAUCAGAUGUCUGUACAAGUAGAAUUCGAUAAGUACUUGGAUCGAUACUUUCCAAAGUUACCCGAACUCAAGCCUUCAUUGCACAAUAUCACCUUGCUGAUGGAAAGUGAUAUUGUUUCGGAAGUCAGCCAAGGCAGAGAAUCGUUCCUCAGGAUUCAAAAAGACAUUCAACACGCCGUGAAUCAAACAAUCCCAGUCGUGAGCUCGUGCAUACGGAAAGCCGGAGCUGCAUUGGCGAAAGUUGCGUUCAACGUGACGUCACUAAUCGACAGAAUAAAUCGCGACUUCAAGGGAGUUUACAGACCCCAUCUUCGCAUUGCCAAAGAUCACAUCGAGCAGUAUUCUCUAUACAGAUACUAUCUGGGUCUUGCCGUAUCCGGUGUGCUGCUGACUGUGUUGAUGUGUUUGACUUUUGGCCUACUUUGUGGUAUUUGCGGCAAACGUCCUGACGGUUACGGCGACGAUUGUUGCAACAAAGGUGCUGGAGCCCGAUUCCUUAUGAUGGCUGUUUGGGUUAUAUUUCUUUUCACGAGUAUUUUAAUGGUCGUGACGGUGACUCAUAUGGUAACGGGAGCAGUCGCACAACGUGGAAUUUGUGAGCCGCUACAAAAUCCGAAAGACAAUCGAAUAUUCACAUUGGCGGACAAAUGGGUGCAGAUAAAAAAGCUGCUAUAUCCUGACCAUCCCGAGGCGGACAUCAACAUGAAUUGGAUAGUAUCCACUUGCCAUCGAAAUGAGUCCUUGUACAAGGUGCUGAAACUCGAGUACAUCAUGGAUUUGGAUUCGCUGAGAAAAUACGCCGAGAAGUAUUCGAUAAGUAGCACAAUUGACCAACUACGAAAAAUGAUUAAUUUAUCACCGGGCGUUGUGAUACUCAGCGAAAGUGCAAUGCUAAAGCUCAACGAUUUGGCACAAAGCGGUCUUAGUGAUAUUAAAUUUUAUCAAUACGCUGAACUGCUCAAGGACAACAUAACGAAUAUUAAUUUAAAACAAUUAGCCGAAAAACUUCGUGACAUAUCCCACAAACUUCCCAGUAGUCAAGAAUCCAUCAGGGAUAGUCUUUUGAAGAACGCUCAUGACUUGGAACAUUAUCACAAAGACUUAGUUAUGCCUAUGGCUGCUCUGAGUGAAGAACUCUCCGAUAGUGCAUUGAUACUCCAAGAUCACAUUAAAUUUAAUCACGAGUCGAUGGCUGACGCGAUACAUAGCUUGGUCAACGAGGUUAUUACUGCUCAACAAUUCCUCAACGAAGCUGGACCGGAAUACGUUCAACACUUAGCAACGAAAUUUGGAGACGCUCUGAUUCAGCGAGUGAACGAAUUUUUGGAGCAUCUAAUAAAAAGUAUUAGAGAUCAAAUUGGUCGAUGUGGCCCUGUCUCGAACGCGUACAAUGCCACACUCGUUGCCGGCUGCAAGAGAGUCUUGGAUCCGUUUAAUGGUUUUUGGGCGAGUGUCGGGUGGUGCUUGAUUCUCUUCCUACCUACGAUAGUGCUGUGCGUCAAAUUGGGAUCUCUUUACCAAAAGUCCGAUCCGUAUCCCGGUCCUCUUGUCGAAUCUGAAUAUUUAUAUGACGCGUACGCAGACAGGGAUAACAUACCUCUUGCUCAAGUCCAUGACAAGAAAUACGUAUCGCAGACGAGGCAACACACGAACGCAUUCGUAGAAAAUUACGACGGUCCUGCGAGUAGUUAUAGCGGAACUGAGAGGAUAGCCGAAGUCUAUCAAGGCUCAUCCCAACACGAUCCAAGAUAUUCGGAGCACGAACCCAAAACUUGGGUCUACCCCAACGGUGGUCCACCCAGAUAUGCGCCACCGGUUGCAGCUCCGCCGUUAAGCACGGAAUACGAACGUCCACCGCCCUAUUACUUCCCAGGGCCUGGGGUCAGAGAUUAGGAGAAAAGUGCCGUGGCAUACACAAAAGCAGCAUUGAGCAGCGCAGCAAACCACACAUUUACCCGUAGUUACAAAAGACGGAUGACGAAUAACAUAAGAUCUGGAAUGAAACGAGGAGAAUACGUGUGAAUUUGGAGUUGGAAGGUGUGCCACGGAUUAUAAUAAGUGUAUCAAAGGCCAAGACAGGACAGACUGAAAAAAUAGGCUUAAGACGAAGAAAAACGAGGGCAAAGCUGGAAAAAUGAUUUCCACGUUGCCGGAAAUUGGUUGAUGAAUAAUACUCGAUUAUCGAUUUAAAUUUAUAAAAAAUGCCCGUGAAAUGGUAAUAAUUGUAUUCAAAGAUUCCAAUCAUCUGCAACUUCUAUUACUGCCUUUUUCAACGGACAAAACUGACUAUUCUCGUCUCGAGUUAUUACAAGACUUAUUUGAAUAUUUCACUUGACAGAAAACACAUGAGAAAUCUCGCUGUCCUAUGAGACUUCCAGGUUUUUUCAGAACGUUUUCAUUAUGGCAUCUAACAAAUCAGAAUCAUACAAUUGUUACCCACAAAAAAUUAACUAUCGUUGAAAAAAAUAAAUCUUUUUCUAUACGAUUUUUUCAAUUCGAUUCGUUGAAUAAAUCAUCUUUUUUAUUCAAUUUUUUCCCAUUGUAAUCCGUUUUAUUACGGUGUCCCGUAUAUCUUUACCAUUACAUUAUAUGCAUAUUAUACAAGUGUAGGUAAUUAAUUCGUAAUAGGUAUCGCCAUCGUCACAAUAGACUCGAAUAUCCACCGUCUUCUAUCCAUAUAAUUGAAGAGCAAAUAACUUAUGCCGAUUAACAAAUCGUUUUGCAUUGUGCAAAGCCAUACAUUAGUGAAACUCUUCAAUCUGACGAAUACGAAAGAUACAAUAUGGCGUAUAUUAUGCCAAUUUACCCAGCUUGGGGUCUUUGUUCUCCGAUUUUCUGAAAAUCGUGGCCAUAAGUAGAAAGACCGUGCAUACUUUUCGUUUUUGAAAUACCUUUAUCUUUAUUCUCAUUCGUGAACGACAGAAAUAUAUUUGAGAGAUAAAAUUUCAAGAAAAAGAAUAUUUUCGAGCGAAAGGUUGGAAAAAAAAAAUAACUAUGUCUAUUUACGUCUCAUACUGCCGUUUAACAUAACGAAACUUGAAACUUCAUCAAUUUAUGCGUGAAGAAUUUAACCCCAAGUUUGUGACGUAGGUCUCGAAUUUUUAACUAGAUUGGAUUAUUUUCUUAUUAAUGAUUGUAAAGCUCAAUAAUUCGUUCUCUGAAUUUGAAAAAUUCUAGCGAACCUCGUUAAUAUCAGUUCAAAAUACAUCUCCGUGAAAACAAUUAACUAUGAAAAUUUUGUUGUGCUUUCGUGUUAAUAUUUUACGGUACGGUGAAUUCGAAUGCGAUGUUUGCUCUGCGAGUUAAACAUGUGACAUUAAAUUCGGAUCCCGAAAUCUGAAAAUAAGCGUUUUUAUUAGAAUAUCGUUGCAUUUAGAGGAGAAAAAACUGCAUUUUCUCGCACGAUCAAUGUUUUUUCGUUUGAUUGUGACGACGGUUUAAAAAAGGGUCGUGAAAUGAGAAAUUUGUACGAAAAACAAAAAAUUAAGCCAUGAUCUUAAUUCAUUUUCUUAAUAACAAAAUUAUUUUUAUUAAUGUGGUGAAUAUUUGUUAGCAAUCGCGACAUUAUUUUUAUUGGCAGUGUGCAUUUUUCAAAAUCUUUAUUUUCGUAAUACGCUACAAAUUUUUAGACCAAGGAAUAGUGAUAAAGGAACGAACAAAAAUUACAGCUCUGACACGGGAGGGAUAGAAUUUUUUCUUAUGGAGUUGUGAAUGUCAAAAUGUGUUGUUAAUGUUCACCUACAGCAUUUCUGCACAGAUUUUGAAUCGAAAUCGUGAAAGGCCUGAAAACCCUCCCUUGUUGGAUCGAGGCCGACAGCAAAAUAAAAAUCAGGGACGUGAAAUCUGGUAUAAUCCCUGAUUAUGAUAUUGAAACCGAACGCCCCGUGUGUCCUCGCGCGAGUGUGUGUGUACAUAUGUAUAUGCGGAAUAAAAUCAGAAUGAAUUGCGCAGACCACGGGUGGUAAUUUAAUUAUUCUCCAGUUAUUUUCACCUCAAAGCUUAAUGCUGUAUUAUACAUUGAUAUGUAAAUCCACAAAAUAUUGUCUAUUACAGGUGAAAUAAAAUUUUGUAUGAAAAACGUU